AUGUUGCAGAGAGCUGCAAGCAAUGCUUAUUCAUGGUGGUGGGCAAGCCACAUUAGGAUCAAGCAGUCGAAAUGGCUUGUCAAUGAUCUCCAAGAGAUGGAGGAGAGGGUUAAAGCCAUGGUGAAGCUCAUUGACGAAGACGCUGAUUCCUUCGCAAAAAAGGCUGAGAUGUACUUCAAAAGGCGUCCUGAACUAAUAAACAACGUCGAAGAAGUCUACAGAGCUUACAAGGCACUGGCAGAUCGAUAUGAUCGAAUAUCUACAGAGCUCCAUAAAGCCAAUCACACUAUAGCAACUGCUCUCCCUGAUCAAGUACCGAUGAUGGAUGAUGAUGAUGAUGAUGACAAUCACAGCAUCUCGUCAUUAAACUCCGAAAUUCUGCACAGCUUACCCCCCGAUGCAUCUAAACUCCCUAAACCACCCCCUGAGCUCCCUCGGCUAAGUUCAAGAAUCAGAAGAGCAGUAUCUCAACCUGUUGUACCAAAAAAGCCUACACAUCGAAGAGAUCAUUCUAAUGUGAGCCCUGAAAAAGCCCAAGAAGAAAUUGACAGGCUUCAGAAGAGAAUCCUUGUGCUACAAACCGAGAAGGAGUUUUUUAGGGGGUCUUAUGAGAAAGGAUUGACCAAGUAUUGGGAUAUUGAAAAUCAAAUGACUGCGAUGCAAGAAGAGAUUUCGGAGCUGCAAGAUUGUUUCAAUGCUAGGAGUUUAAUCGAGGAUGAUGAUGCUCGAGCUUUAAUGGCAGCUGCUGCUCUUAAAUCUUGCGAAGACACCCUAGUUGGCUUGCAUGAGCAAGAAAAAAUAACCGCAGAAGAGGGGAGGGUUGAGUCUGAAAGAAUUAAGUUGGCGAAAUCAAAGCUGAAGUCUCUUAAAGGCGAGGAGUCUGAUGAAGAAACAACCUCGGGUAGUACAGACGAUGAAGUUGAGAGUUUAAGGCAUGAGAGGCUAGAGCUACAAUCAGUAUGUGAUAAAGUCAAGGGGCUUUUUGAUAUGAAUUCAGAAUCAUCGGUAGCUGCUUUAGUAGAAAAAAUCGAUGUGCUUGUUGAAAAAGUUAUCAGCUUGGAGAUCACAAUCUCGGCACAAACUGCACAGAUAAUGACAUUAAGAGCUGAGAACGACGAGUUAAUUAAGCAGCUUCAAGGAGUUGAAGAAGAUAAAAAGAAUGCAAAUGUCGAUCCUAAUAGUUUAAAUGAGAGAAUGAUUCAAGUUGAGAGCCAGUUACAAAGAAUUCUUGGUCUUGAAAAAGAUGUUCAGAAUGAGAAAGCGGUUGUUAGAAGUCAUUUUACUGAAGCCUGCAAUGGUCUAAACGAUCUCUCUGAUAAGUUACAUUCACCAAGAUCAUUCGAGCUCGAACAAUUGAAAGAGACCAAAGGAGGCGAAGUUCAAUUGAAAGAGGCCAAAGGAGAUGAAGUUAUAGACAAAAAUAUCGUCGCUGAUCAAAAUGGUGAGGCUAAAUCUCAGCUCGAUGAAGAUGAAGAAAACCCGGAUUGGCAACAAUUGAUGAUAAAUGGUAUUCAAGGCAAAGACGAGGUUCUUUUAUACAAAUUCUCCUCGAUUAUGCGCAAUUACAAGGAAACAAGAAAGCGGCUUAGUGAAAUGGAGAAGAAGAACAAAGAAUGCCAAUCUGAAACAACACAACAAAUCCAAGAACUAAGGUGUGCAAACGCAAUCAAAGACGAGGAGAUCAAAACUUUACGAAAAAGACUUUUCUCAGCAGAAUCUCUCAAAAGGAAAAAUGAUAUCAUCUCAGAUGCACUCACUGAAGAAGAAGAAUUAGAAGGAGAGAUAAAGAUUAGCCUGGAUCACUUAUACACUACUUCGCCUAUUGAAGAUAAAUUCAGAUCAGAUAUCGAUACGUUAUUAGAGGAAAAUUUAGAUUUCUGGUUGAGAUUUAGCACCUCAUAUCAUCAAAUCCAGAAAUUUACCGUCACAUUUAAAGAACUGCAGGCAGAGACGAAGAAUGCGGAUAAUGACGAGGAUAUCAGCAACAGCAGCUCAAGCUCAUUGCCAACGGACAAGAAGCUGAGAGAGCUCAACACCGAGCUCCAAGUUUGGCUGGAACAUAACGGGCUCCUCCAGAAUGAGCUCCGUUGCCGUUUUGAUUCACUAUGCAACAUUCAAGAAGAAAUCACUCGAGUCACCGAAUCAAACAAAGGAGAAGAUGAUGCAAAUUUGACUCCAUAUCAAGCUGCAAAAUUUCAAGGGGAAGUUAUAAACAUGCAGCAGGAAAACAAUAAGGUUGCUAAAGAGUUACAGGCUGGAUUGGAUCAUGUCAAGGGGCUCCAGACUGAAACAGGGAAGCUGAUUUCAAAGCUGCACGAGAAAUUUGAGUUGAGUAGUUCUAAAGCACAACCAGGGGGUCAAUAUAAUCAGUUUAGGCAUUUUUCGACGAAAUCUAGGGUACCGUUGAAGACAUUUUUGUUUGCGAGCAAGCCCAAGAAGCCGUCGAUAUUUGCGUGCAUGAAUCCUGUGCAUCAUAGGCAUCACGUUGAGCAUUUGAAGGGGGGUAAAAUGCCUAAAGCACCACAUUGAUGUUGUGAGGAUGUAUUUUAGGUUUCAUAGUAGAUUUCUGCUUUUGUUUAUCUUCUGUAAUUGUUUCUGAUACUUAAAAGGUGUAGUUAUGUGAAUAAUUCAU